UCCAAAUUGUCAACAUACCACCGUAUAAUUUGUUAACCUACAAAUUUGAGACUGAUUUGAAGUAGAUUUUAGUCGACCGAAAUUAAAAAUUUCGGCUAAAAUGUACGUUAAACUACAAGAACAAAGGAGUCAAUUAAUUUUCAAUGAUGAAGACCUACCGUAUGAAGAAGAAAUCUUGCGAAAUCCAUAUUCAGUCAAACAUUGGUUAAGAUAUAUCGAUCACAAGAAAAAAUCUCCCAAACAUGAAAUAAAUAUCAUAUUUGAACGAGCGCUGCGGGAAUUACCCGGCUCAUACAAACUAUGGUACAAUUACCUUCGUGGACGUCGGCGGCAAGUAAAAGGUCGGUGUAUAACCGAUCCCGAAUACGAAGAUGUAAACAAUGCAUUUGAACGAGCUCUUGUAUUUAUGCAUAAAAUGCCCCGUAUAUGGAUGGACUAUUGCACGUUUAUGACACUACAAUGCAAAAUUCGUCGAACACGGCAUACUUUCGAUAAGGCUCUACGAGCUUUACCAAUAACACAACAUCAUCGGAUUUGGCCGUUAUAUCUUAGUUUUUUAAAUAAACAUGAUAUCCCUGAAACGGCUAUACGUGUAUAUCGACGGUAUUUAAAAUUAUGCCCUGAAAAUGCCGAAGAGUAUAUCGAAUAUUUAAUAAGUAUUAAUAAGCUUGACGAAGCUGCGGUUGUCUUAGCCGGGAUUGUAAAUAACGAAACGUUUGUAUCGCUUAACGGAAAAUCAAAUCAUCAACUUUGGAACGAGCUAUGUGAGCUGAUAUCGAAAAAUCCAUCACAAAUUAAAUCGUUAAAUGUAGAUGCGAUUAUUCGUGGAGGUUUGCGUCGAUAUACAGAUCAACUAGGUCACUUAUGGAAUUCUUUAGCAGAUUAUUAUGUGCGAAGUGGUUUAUUUGAAAAAGCUCGAGAUAUUUAUGAAGAGGCCAUCCAAACAGUUACAACAGUCCGCGAUUUUACACAAAUAUUCGAUGCAUAUGCUCAAUUUGAAGAACUAAGUUUAAGUAAACGUAUGGAAGAAGUUGCUCAAAUGGAAAAUCCAUCCGAAGAAGAUGAUAUUGAUCUAGAAUUACGUUUAGCACGAUUUGAAUAUUUAAUGGAACGCCGCUUAUUAUUACUCAAUUCUGUUUUACUUCGACAGAAUCCACAUAAUGUACAAGAAUGGCAUAAACGUGUACAGCUUUACGAAGGCAAAGCACAUGAAAUUAUCAAUACGUAUACAGAAGCUGUACAAACAGUACAGCCAAAAUUAGCUGUUGGAAAGCUUCACACACUAUGGAUAUCAUUUGCAAAGUUUUACGAACAAAAUGGACAGAUUGAAGAUGCACGAUUAAUAUUUGAAAAAGCCAUUAAUGUUCCAUUUGUGAAAGUUGAUAAUUUGGCAACGAUAUGGUGUGAAUGGGCUGAAAUGGAAAUUCGAAAUGAAAAUUUUGAGGAAAGUUUACGCUUAAUGCAUCGCGCAACUGCUAUGCCAUCGCGUCGUGUUGCAUAUCACGAUGAAAAUGAAACCGUACAAGCACGAUUGUAUAAAUCGCUUAAAUUGUGGUCAAUGUACGCAGAUUUAGAAGAAAGCUUUGGAACUUUUAAGUCAUGCAAAGCUGUUUAUGACAAAAUCUUAGAUUUAAAAAUUGCCACCCCACAAAUCAUCAUUAACUACGCUUUAUUUUUAGAAGAGCACAAAUAUUUCGAAGAGUCUUUUCGAGCGUACGAAAAGGGUAUCGCAUUAUUUAAAUGGCCAAAUGUUUUCGAUAUAUGGAAUACAUAUUUAACGAAGUUCUUAAAGCGAUAUGGUGGCACAAAGUUGGAACGAGCUCGUGAUUUAUUCGAACAAUGUUUAGAAAACUGUCCAGCGAAAUUUGCUAAAGCAUUGUAUUUAUUAUAUGCAAAAUUAGAAGAAGAAUAUGGAAUGACUCGGCAUGCAAUGGCUGUAUAUGAACGCGCAACAACCGCUGUUUUACCAGAAGAAAUGUUUGAGCUUUUUAAUAUUUACAUAAAAAAAGCAUCAGAAAUAUAUGGGAUUCCAAAAACUAGACAAAUUUACGAGAAAGCUAUUGAAGUAUUACCAGAAGAAAAUACACGAGAAAUGUGUUUACGUUUUGCUGAAAUGGAAACAAAACUUGGUGAAGUCGAUCGUGCUCGAGCAAUCUACGCACAUUGCUCCCAAAUGUGUGAUCCUCGCGUGACCGUUGAUUUCUGGCAAACGUGGAAAGAGUUCGAAGUACGACAUGGUAACGAAGAUACAAUGCGUGAAAUGCUACGUAUUAAGCGUAGUGUCCAAGCAACGUACAACACACAAGUAAACAUGAUGUCUGCGCAAAUGUUAUCUUCGGCAGGUACAAUAGCUGGAACGAUUGCAGAUCUAGCACCAGGUGCCAAAGAUGGUAUGCGAUUAUUAGAAGCAAAAGCUGUUGAAAUGUCUGCAAAUACAGUCGUACGAAGUGGUACUAGUGGGGGCAAUAUUAUGUUUGUUCGAGGUGAAACUGCAGGAACGGAUAAAGUUAAUAAUCCUGAUGAGAUUAAUAUUGAUGACGUUGAAAUGGAUGACGAGGAUGAAUCAGGAGAUGAAAACGAAGAUGCUGCUAUACCAGUAGAACAGCAACAAGUACCUGCGGAAGUAUUUGGAAAUUUGAAACGGAAACAAGGGGAUGAUAGUGAAGAAGAUGAUAAUGAUUAAUUUGAUGUUUUUAAUUGAAUUUUUUAAUGCUUUAAGCUGAAAAUUAUUCACUUUGACCUGAAUGAUAAAAAAAUGAUGUAGACUGUUAAAAAAGGGUUACAUAUUUCGAGAGUCACGGAAAAUUAUUAUUCCUAUAAUAAUUUUCCAAUUUUAAGCUUGUAACAUAAUUAAAAUUAAUUCGGGCCUCGUGAUCGAAAAGAAAAAAAUUUAUUCACUUAUGAAGUUUCAAAUACAGGGUUGGGCAGGGAGGUAUGGAUGAUUUGAAAUAACAGUUACACACUCAUUUUUAAACGAAACUCAAAAUUAAUUUUUUUUAUUGUGUACCUUAGAUGUUGCCAUUAUGAAAAUUUAAGAGGAAAAAAUUAAAACAUUGAUUACGUACGAAAAAUAACAUCUGUAUUGACAGUGACGGUUCGACCGUUUUCUUAGAAAAAGUAAGGGCCAAUAAUCUAGUUUCGACUAAUGCCACACCAAAUAACCACUCCUGACAAAUGAAAAUGGGCUUCGUCAUUCAUAAUCAAGUGUAUGGACAAAAACGGAGAGCAUUUAACAGAUGUUAUUUUUCGUACGUAAUCAAUGUUUUAAUUUUUUCCUCUUUAAUUUUUAUAAUGGUAACAUCUAAAGUACACAUUAAAAAAAUUAAUUUUGAGUUUCGUUUAAAAAUGAGUGUGUAACUGUUAUUUCAAAUCAUCCAUACCUCCCUGUCCAACCCUGUAUAAAACUGUAUUACUGACCAUAGUUACACUAUACUACGCGCUUUCUCUAGACUGUUAACACCCUGUAAAUCACUAAUCUAUUUUUCUUAUAGAAAAAUUAAUGUAUAGGAUGCUAACUUUCUAAAUGAUCUCUCGAAAGAAACUUGUAGUAUAGACCAAGUAUAGUAUGUAACCACAGCCACUUAUUGUGAACUACACCUACCAUCAAAUUUUUUUUCUAACUUAGUGUUCAUACUUUGGAAUCGCAAUUGACUUCUCUAAAUAUGUAAAUUAUUUUUUAGGAUUUCAUAUCUCUUAUGAAUAUAUCCCUUUUA